AUGACGGAGAAUCAUACCCCUUCUACUACACAGGCGACGUUGCCUGCGCCGGUCUCUGAACCAGCGCCAAUCCAAGCAACCCCAGCCCCUUCUGCCUCUGUCACCGCGACUGCUGCCGCCGCCACCGCCGCGGUGAACAGCCCCUCUUUGAACGGCGCCGGCGAGCAGUUGCCUUGCCAGUGGGUCGGAUGCACUGAAAAGUCCCCCACUGCCGAGUCUUUAUAUGAACAUGUUUGCGAGCGCCAUGUUGGACGUAAAAGCACCAACAACCUCAACCUAACCUGCCAGUGGGGCACUUGCAACACAACAACAGUCAAGCGUGAUCACAUUACCUCCCACAUCCGCGUUCAUGUGCCACUUAAGCCUCACAAGUGCGACUUCUGCGGGAAGGCUUUCAAGCGCCCCCAGGAUUUGAAGAAGCAUGUCAAGACCCAUGCAGAUGACUCCGAGAUCCGUUCCCCCGAACCGGGCAUGAAGCAUCCUGAUAUGAUGUUCCCCCAAAACCCUAAGGGUUAUGCUGCUGCUACACAUUACUUUGAGAGCCCGAUCAAUGGCAUCAAUGGCCAAUAUUCACACGCGCCACCUCCUCAGUACUAUCAGCCACACCCUCCACCUCAGGCCCCCAAUCCGCAUUCCUAUGGCAAUGUAUACUAUGCCCUGAGCCAAGGACAAGAUGGAAACCACCCGUAUGACCGUAAACGAGGAUAUGACGCGUUGAACGAGUUUUUUGGAGACUUGAAGCGCCGCCAAUUCGACCCUAACUCCUACGCCGCGGUUGGUCAGCGUCUGCUGGGUCUGCAAGCGCUCCAGCUUCCCUUCCUCAAUGGCCCUGUACCUGAAUAUCAGCAAAUGCCUGCAUCUGUCGCGGUCGGCGGCGGCGGAGGCGGAGGUGGCUACAGCCCAGGUGGUUCCCACCCUCCUGGUUACCACCUUCCCCCCAUGUCCAAUGUUCGGACUAAGAAUGAUUUGAUCAACAUCGAUCAGUUCCUCGAGCAAAUGCAGAACACUAUCUACGAAAGCGAUGAGAACGUGGCGGCUGCCGGCGUUGCCCAGCCCGGCGCGCAUUACGUGCAUGGUGCCAUGAACUAUCGUGCCACCCACUCCCCCCCAACCCAACUCUCGCCAAGCCACGUUACCGCAACCUCCGCCCCAAUGGGAGCUGCUUCGGCCCACUCCCCAUCGGUCGGCACCCCAGCUCUGACCCCGCCUUCCAGCGCUCAAUCAUACACCUCCAACCGCUCUCCCAUCUCUAUGCACCACGCUCAGCGCGUGUCGCCCCCUCACGAGAGCGGCCCGGGGAUGUACCCGCGUUUGCCGUCGGCCACCGUCGCCGAUAGCAUGAGUGCAGGCUACCCGACCGCCUCAGGUGCCGCGCCACCCUCGACUCUGAGCGCCGCGUAUGACCACGACGAUCGCCGCCGCUACACCGGUGGUACCUUGCAACGCGCCCGGCCGGCCGAGCGUGCUGCCACUGAGGACCGUAUGGACACCUCACAGGAUAGCAAGACUCCCGCUAUUCACAUCUCGGAGAGUCUGAUUGACCCCGCCCUGUCGGGUACCUCUAAUCCUGAACAGGAGGCUGUUAAGCGCACCGCGCAAGCGGCUACCGAAGUCGCCGAGCGGGAUGUCAACGUUGCCUGGGUUGAAAAAGUUCGUCUGCUUGAGAACCUGCGUCGCUUGGUUUCUGAAUUGCUUGAGGCUGAUAGCCUUACUGCCGGGUAUGGAGCACAGUCUUCGGCUUCUCCUACACCAGGACUUGAUGCUAUGGAAGGAGUCGAGACUGCUAGUGUACGUGCUGCUUCUGAGGAGCCCAAGGAAGAGCCUACCACGUCUGCCAGUGAGGGAGUCUUCUAUCCCACCUUGCGUGUGGAUGAGGAUGAAGAUGAGGAUGGUGAUUCUCAAAUGCCUUGA